GUAAGCUCAGCUUUGAAAGCAAAAUCUCUCAACCUCCUUUUGGCUCUCACAUUCAACAAGUUCCUCCUCUAGUUAGUCACUGACCACCCUUCUUCUCUUUCUCUCUCUCUAAUCUCACAGUUUAGUAAAUUCAAUAAAUUAUCCAUUCUCUCUCUCUCCCUCUCUGCAGAAAUCUCAAUGGCAUUUGCUGACAGAUGAUAUAAACAGAAAAAAGAAGCCAAAAUAUUUUGUGCGGAUAAGGUGUGAAGAAUCCAACAAAGUACAAAAAAAAAAAAAGUGAAGAGUUUUUAUGGACUGGAACUCCAAAGCACCAACUUCUUGGGAUUUCACUGAGCUAGAACAAGAAACAUUCUCCAACUUGGACACAGUUAAUGGGUCUAACAGCUUUGGAGAUCAAAAGGCCAUUAGGGAGGACUUCUCAGUAGACUUGAAGCUGGGUCAGACGGGAAAUUCAGGCAAUGAAAUGGUGGAUACGUGGAGGGAGCCGGGGGCGGUUCCGAAACCGGUGUCUUCACCGUCGGGAUCGUCGAAGAGGUCGCGUGGGUCCUACAAUGGAUCCCAGGCAGUUUCAUGCCUUGUUGAUGGGUGUAAUGCAGACCUUAGCAAUUGUAGAGAUUACCAUAGGCGCCAUAAGGUUUGUGAACUCCACUCCAAGACUCCUCAGGUCACAAUUGGUGGCCACAAGCAGAGAUUCUGCCAGCAGUGUAGCAGGUUCCAUUCGCUCGAGGAAUUCGACGAAGGAAAGAGGAGCUGCAGAAAACGUCUUGACGGACACAACAGAAGGCGAAGGAAGCCUCAACCGGAGCCCUUCUCGCGCUAUGGAAAUUUGUUGUCCAAUUACACCGGUACUCAAUUGUUACCAUUUUCUAGCUCACUAAUAUAUCCCUCCACCACAGUUGUGAACCCCAGCUGGCCGGGAGGUGUCGUUGUCAAAACCGAGGCAGAUUCCGGUCUCCACAACCACCAUCCACAACUACCCUUUCUUGAUAAGCAAAACAUGUUUAUGGGUUCACCCUCCCCCACCACCAACACAACCUACAAGGGAUGCAGUAAUAAGCCCUUCCCACUCUUGCAAGAUCACAGCCCCACAAUCAACAGCAGCCACACAGCACCCGAGGUUUCGGCAUGCCAUAAUCAUCCCCUCCUAAGGACAUUUCCUUUGUGUGAGAGUAGUAGUGAGUCCAAGAGCAAAGCGUUCUUCGACGUCCAACACUCGGAUUGUGCUCUCUAUCUUCUGUCAUCAUCCCAAGCGCAAACAUCUGAGAUCAGUUUGGGACACAACAACUCGCAGCUUGGCUCAAUGCCAAUGGUGCACCACCCCGCCCUAUAUGUGCACGGCGGCUUAGAGCCCAUGAGUUCAGUUUUGAUGGCCAAUGGAAGUAGUGGCAAUGCUGAGUCAGUACAUUGUCCAAAUGGGAUGUUCCACAUGGGAUCUGUUGGCAAUGAAGCCCCUCAUCCUCAUGAAACACUUCCAUCUCAUUGGGGGUAGUAUAUGAUUGGGAAAAAAAAAAAAAAAGUUCAAGAUUUUAAGACACAAAUUAGUCAAUGAUAUUUUUAAUUUUCUCUUAUUUAAUGAUUAUUGUGGAGUAAAAUACAACUUUCUUUACUCAAUCCAAAGUUAGUAGUUUAGUUGAACAAUUUCUCUUUAAACUACUAUAUUUUCUGAUGGCGAUUUCAUUAUUUGUUUAAACGUUAAUUCAUUGCAAGGAUGACAUAUGCUUGUGGAAUUGGGGCAUUAAUGAGAUCAUUUUCAAAGGCUAAAUAGCACAAUCUCUUCAUUUUGUGGA